GACAGCAACGGAGCAUCCUGACGUCUUUCUCGACACAUCGCGGUCAUCGUGCGUCCUCGUCCACGAUAAAAUGUUCUCCCGAGUCGUACAAAGAAGACAUUAAAUCAUUUUUAACUUCCAUCUUUUAGUUUUGUGUCCAGCUUGUUGAUUUGGACGGAUAUUCUUAUGCGUGUAAUCCUGAUGGCCGACACCGUCCUCAGCAUCAGGACCAGCACAGGAGGGCCGGAGAGGCAGGGACGCGCUGGACUCCAGCAACACACCUAGCAGGUGGCUUCAGCGAGUCCCCACGUUUGACCACGUUGCCUUCACUGACCUUUGGCAUUCCUUCAACGCACCAGCAAGAGUUCCCCAAUUUGCAUAUCCUUGUCAAGCUGUUGAAAUGUCCGGUGCCGGACGCCGUGACGGAGCACCACAGGUGGGCCCGGCGCUCUGCACUCGCUAGAAGCCUGCCUUGAUUGAACAAGACGUGAAAUGACGAUUGCCAAGUUGGUGAGGAGCGACACGACUUGUCUCAGUGGACUGUGACCAGGCGGACAUCUUUUGUGGGCAAGAACAAGGUGCAAGAUGUCUCAGCACCACACGGGCCUCAGCUCCGACACCACGGAGAAGGCUCGCUUAGAACUGAACGAGAACCCGGACACGCUGCACCAGGACAUCCAGCAGGUGCGGGACAUGAUUGUGACUCGACCCGACAUCGGCUUCCUGCGAACGGACGACGAUUUCAUCCUGCGCUUUCUGAGAGCCAGGAAGUUCGACCAGGUGGAGACGUUCCGCCUGCUGGCUCAGUAUUUCCAGUUCCGACAGCAGAACCUGGACAUGUUCCAGAGCUUCAAGGUGGACGACCCGGGCAUCAAGCGAGCGUUGAUGGACGGCUUUCCGGGCGUGCUGGAGAUUCCGGACCAACACGGGCGAAAGAUACUCAUUCUGUUCGCUUCCAACUGGGACCAGAGCAGGAACUCCUUCACGGACAUCUUGCGAGCCAUCCUGCUCUCCCUGGAAGUCCUGAUCGAGAAGCCGGAGCUCCAGAUCAACGGCUUCAUCCUCAUCAUCGACUGGAGCAACUUCUCCUUCAAGCAAGCCUCCAAGCUCACGCCAAACAUCCUCAAACUGGCCAUCGAGGGCCUGCAGGACAGCUUUCCCGCUCGCUUCGGAGGGAUCCAUUUUGUCAACCAACCGUGGUACAUCCACGCCAUGUACACCAUCAUCAAGCCCUUCCUCAAAGACAAGACCAGGAAGCGGAUCUUUCUCCACGGCAACAACCUCAACUCGCUCCACCAGCUCAUCCAGCCCGAGUGCUUGCCAUCCGAGUUUGGCGGGACGCUGCCGCCGUACGACAUGGGCAUGUGGGCCAGGACCCUACUGGGACCGGACUACAUGGACGAGACCGAGUACACGUUGACGUACGACGCCCUGCACGUCAGGGAGAACUGCGGGGCCGGGGGGGACAAGGAGGCCAUGAAGAGGUCUCAGUCGGUGGUCAGUCCUGCAACUCUGCGACAGACGGACCGAGAGACCAGCACUCCACUCUUGGCCCUGGACUGAACACACACACGCACGCACAUAUGUCCUGUCCACCUGAACUUUUUGACUUCCUGUUUCUGAGCCUGCUG